CGCGUAUAUGUGACCGAGAGAGUCACACCUCGCGUUUUACACAUCCUCCUUGUGUGUUUUUAGUUGAAAGAGAAAAGAAAAACGCGAGCAAAGGCAAUCAACCGGGACCAACACAGUGCGUCGCCUCGCCGAUGGCGUUUCACACGCGUAACGUCGUCGUUCGUCCCGACGACAGUGGAGAGCCACGGACCCGACAUCUCGUCGCGCUGCUGAUGAUUCUCGCAGUGUUGAUAUGCAAUCUCGCAACGGUGUCCGCAUACAAUAUCGACACGAAUUACCCGAUGCUUUAUCCGAACGAGGUGGCCAACGGGGCCGAUUAUCGCGCCACGAAUUUCGCGCGCAGUUACUUCGGCUACUCGGUGCUACUAUUUCGUGAUUUAAAAUAUAAUUCCACAUGGCUAAUUGUAGGCGCACCUCGUGGAAACUACACUCAUCCGACACGCAAUCAAUUGCGGGAUCUCGUCGAACCCGGUGUGGUUUACUGGUGCCACAUAUUAGGUAAAUGUGUGCCGAUCGAACCGGCUAUUGUCGAGGAUGAACGUAUAGCCAUCAAAUCGUAUAACUUGAACGGACGUGUAAUCAAGGACCACUCCUGGUUCGGCGCUGCGAUAUCGGUCGAGAAGACCAGCAACUACUUGACGAUAUGUGCACCUCGAACGGUCAUGUCUAUUACGACAUUUAGCAAAAGCGUGCACACUAUGCACGGUAUGUGUUACAGCAAUGACGUGUUCAAAAAUGUUAAAGUGAUGUCGGAGACAUCCAAUAUCGAAUAUUACGAUUUUAGCCAGCAAUGGUGGUACGACCCAUUGUACGGUUUCUCCGUUACCUAUGCGCCAUCGCAAAGCGGAAACGUAGUCAACCGUAUUAUCGGAGCACCGAAUCACGUCAUUACCGGUUCCGUCACGAUGAUGCGUUUGACGAAGUCAGGUUUCCACGUGACCUACAAAGAAACCACGAACAUACCGAUAUUCGACAGUACGUCGCGAUUCGGCUACUCGACAACUGCGGGAUAUUACUUCAGCCCGACACAAAUGCUGUACGCCUCCGGGGAUCCAUCGUGGAACCAUAUGGGACAAGUUGCCAUACUCGAUCAGAACAGAAGGCCAUUCAUGGUCGCGAAUAUCAGCGGCAGCAGCACGGGCGAGUAUUUUGGUGCGAGUUUGGCCAGCGGUGACUUAAACAAAGACGGCUUGGACGACCUCGUCGUCGGGGCGCCACACUGGAAAAACGAUAACGGCAGGGUUCACGUCUACCUAGGCACACGUAAGGGCAAAUUCGACGCGUCCGCGAUUUUGGAAGGCGACAACGAGGAUGCGCUCUUCGGCUAUGCCGUUGCGUGCGGCGAUCUGGACAAAGAUGGCUUCAGUGAUAUCAUAGUGGGCGCACCUUGGGAGGAAUCUGGAGCGAUUUACAUAUACAACGGCGACGCUAAUUUGAAGGACAAUAUGAAACUCACCGCAUCGCAAAGGAUCACGAUGCAGUUGCCCUCGUUUACCAUCCCGGAGAAGUUGGACAUACGGACGUUCGGGUUCUCGAUUGCGGAACCGGUCGACAUUGACGGCAAUGGGUACGCGGACAUCGCGGUAGGCGCGUACAAAUCCGGACACGCUGUGAUCCUACGAAGCAGGCCGGUCGUAAAAACAAGCUUGACCAUUCGCACCGUACCGGACACGUUGCAGAGAAACAUCCGAAACUUUCUCGUCCAAGUGUGCGUACAAUACAGCGGCUACGACAUGGCGAGGAUGCAAGCCUUCGAGAUCUCUCUUACCGUGGACGAGAGUCACAAGCGUACCGAACAGACAUUAAUCAAGUUGCCCUCGGCGAAUAUCUCGCACGAUAACUGUGUGAACACGCCUGUUACACUUUCGAAAAACAUUCAAGACUUCAUCGAACCCAUCACUAUCUACGCGCUGCACAAUUUCACGCACCAAGAUUCACGGCAGAGCGACUUCUGCCCGACCUGUCCCGUCGAGUGCAAGAGCGACGCGUCGAAGGGUACGCAGGCCUUGCUUUCCUUCGACAUCGGAUGCGGGGCGGACAGAGUCUGCAAUUCCAACAUAUCCGCCAUUGUGAGGUUUUCGGGAGUCAGACAAGUAGAGAAUACGAAUAAUGAUUCGUGGGUGAUCGGAUCCAACGACAUCACUCUAGAGGCGUCCUUGACGAACCACGCUGAGCCAGCGUAUCUCACGACGGUCGCGUUCAUCCUCCCGCGUGGCAUAGUCCUGCGCAGCAUCCUGCCGUCUUGCCAGGAGGACACGGUCGGGGACAACUUGACGGUCACCUGCAGCGUCGGCAAUCCACUCGGAAAGGAUGAGCUGAAAAUCGUGAAGCUGGAUUUGGACAUGAGGCAUCUGACCGACGGCUCGCUACACGGACACGUUUUGGAGUUCAUCACGGAGAUACAGACUCGUAGCGUGAACCGUGGCACGCGUACGAUUAAAUCCUCGCUCACUCUGCAGAGCGAAGCGUUCCUCUCAUUGAACGGGAAAGCGAACGAAGAAAGUUAUUAUUUACCCGACUUGGACAAGGAACAAUUGAACGUGAGCUUCCAGCAUACGUAUCUGGCAGUAAAGUCCGGCGCGACGCCGAUAAAAGAAGCGCGACUUCUCGUGAGCAUCCCUACCUCUGUGAACGGCUCGAGUUCCUUGAUAUUUCUACACAAGCCAAGAAUUUAUAUAGCCGGAGGAUACCGUGAUUGCUCGUCGCACGGAAUAGACGUGAUAGACGCGCAACAGAACGAGCAUCAACACGAAAUCGUGUCGGACACGUCCGAGAUGAAUGUACCUAUGUUCAAUAAUGGGACGCCGCCGAAUGUGUCGCACCAACUGCUCAAGAGAGACCUGAGCAUCUACACAAACGUAGCGGCUCGCCUCACGCAAGCAGUGUACAACGCGAGAACGACAAAUGCAACCGGUAAUCUGACGCGACAGGAUGUCGUGCAUCUAAACUGCUCGACGCCCAGCGUGAAUUGCUCGAUCGUGUACUGCGACCUGAGCGAGUUGAAGACGCAACAGGAUGUCGGCAAGUUGGUGGUGAAGCUGAUUCUCAACGCCACGAAGCUCAAAGACACUAUCGGACUGUCGGACGAAACGAAGAUCGUCAAGUUCGGCACGGAAGCUCAUGUCGAGAUUAUACAGCCAGCUGACAGAAUCGUCAGCGCGGAGGACACCAGGCGCGACAUGAAUCUCACGACGGAAUUUCACAGCACCGAGAAAACGCAGGAGCUGCAACUAUGGGUAGUGCUCGUCUCAGUCUCGUUAGGCCUAAUACUGUUGUGUAUCGUCGUUAUCUUAUUGUGCAUGACGGGUUUCUUCAAGAGAUCGAUGAAGGAGGAACUGACUGCUUUAAAAGAGAACGAGAUGACGGAGAAUAUAAAUAAAGACGAAAUCACAGAUAAUUCCGAAUAGAGGAAAUACUUUGUACAUCUCUCUAUUCCACAACUGUUGUGAUAUAUACUUAUAAGGUGUACAAAUAAAAAUUCCGAAUUACAAAAAUUAA